GCCGGAGCCUUUUUGCACACGUAUAUUUCACCUCGGAGACGGUAUCUAUGGCACUGGCAUGGGGCAUGAUGGGCAGUCAGCGGGUAUGGGGUCCAUACACGGCGGGGUCAUUCACUCAAGUUCACUUGGCCCAUUGCUUUCCAAGACUUGUCAGAGGCAAAUAGCAUAGAUCAUCGGUGAUGGUUGCUAUGCCCAUGACUCUAGCUUUCUCCUCUUUGCCCCGCACAAAGACGCCUGCAAUAGCCGUCAUCGGUAACGGACGUACAAAGUAUAAAGCGAUGUCUGUCAGGUGCAGUCGCCAGCAUCAAGACUAGACUUAACAUUGUGAAUUGAACGAUGUUGUGCCUCACACUGGUGUUCGCGGCUUUCGCCGCCGCCGUGGAAUUGACUGUCACGACACGCACAGGCACCUUCAUUGGCGGAUUAAACGAAACUUACCCUGACGUUCGACACUUCAAGUGGGUUCCUUAUGCACAACCGCCCGUUGGCAAUCUACGCUGGACACCACCACGACCGCUGGUCAACGAUAGCACCGUUUACGAGUCGACGACUUUCGGACCAGCGUGCUCCCAGUUCGUGUCUGCUGUACCGGCGGUAUGGUCUCUCAACAUCACUGGCAACCUCAUCGUGAACUACGGUGAGAGCCUGACAGCCGGCCUUGUGGCCCAAAAUAGCGCGGAAGACUGUCUUUCGCUUGCCAUCUGGACACCGGCAAAUGCCACAGGCAAUUCCAGCCUGCCCGUCAUCAUCUUCACAACCGGCGGCGGCGAUCAAACCGGUGGUAUCAACAUCCCAACCCAGAUACCGGCCAACUGGGUGCAUCGAUCACAGAAGCACAUUGUGGUAACGAUCAACUACCGUGUCAACAUUUUCGGGUACCCGAACGCGAGAGGCCUCAAUGGAAGCACGAACUUCGCAAUCCAGGACCAGCGAGCUGCAGUCGAGUGGGUAUCGGAAAACAUUGCUGCGUUUGGCGGCGAUCCGGCAAGAUUGACGUUGUGGGGCCAGUCCGCGGGCGCUGGACUGACAGACGAAUAUCUCUUCGCUUGGCCAAGCGACCCUAUCGUCCGCGCAUCCAUCUCCAGCUCGUCACUCGCCAUUGGAUAUCCAACCAACGUUGACUAUGCGGGCACGAACUUUACCUUCGUUGCCCAAGCAAUGGGCUGCAACUUCACCGAUCCUGCUUUCGAGCUCCAGUGCAUGAGGCGCGUACCCAUGCCUCGCAUCGUCAACUUCGUGGGCCAGUAUCAGGAUAAUAGCUCCUUGGUGAAUACUUCGCAGCGUGCGAUAUCUUUCAGUCGUCAAAUCGACAACAAGUUUGUCUUCUCGCAAGCCGACUACGUCAGGCUCUAUCAAGCCGACACCCUUGCGCAAAUACCGAAGAUGAUCGGCACUACUGCUCGCGAGUUCUCCGCCCUACUCCCCUACCCGGUGAACAAUGCAAGUGCGGGUCCUUCGAAUCAGCUCAUUACAGCCUUGACCCAAGCAUGGGUCUGCACCGCCUAUAACACUUCCGUAUACCGUCAGCAAGACCUUCUGACAACAUACCGUUACGAGUACGCUGCGAACUUCACGAAUCUUGCUGAUGGAGCAUCGUGGCUUGGGGCGUAUCAUUAUGCCGAUUUGUACAUGUUCUUUGGGACCUACCUCAUCACAUCCCCUCCAUAUCCGGACCUCGAAGUCCAGACAUCGCAGAUCAUGCAAGAUCUACUCUACAACUUCGUCGCCAAUCCUGCGUCACUGCCUGGGAAUGGCUGGCCGCCUUACCUUCUGGACAGUAGUGACAGCGGCGGUCAGAUUGCGCGCUUCGGCGCGAAUGGUCAAGCCUUACAGCUCGUCAGUGGCAACGCGAUUGAUGGCGCCUGCCAUCUACCAAACUAUACGUACACCACGACGCCUUAGGCCGGACAUGGCUCCUAUGCUGCUUGCAGUAGCGGUAUGGUGCGUGUGACUCCACGCCAAGUUCCGGACCCUCCGGCUUCGGCACGGCCGAGACGGCCAUUACACCCGGACGCUUGGCUAGCUUGCUCUACGAAACAGCUUUGGACCUUCGUGCCAUUGUCAUUGUCGCUAAACAGAAGUCGCAUGAUUGGUAG